GGGAUAUUGCGAGGAUAUUCACUUUUGAGCAAAGCAAGAUGGUGGAAAUUAACCAAAUACAAUCAAAGUCGGUAGAAGCAUCUGAGGAACUUCACGGCAUUGUAGACAAGUAUCCAACUUUGUUUUCUGAGGGGUUAGGAACUUUUAAAGGGGUAGAAGCAAAGAUUUAUGUGGAAGCUGAGGUGAAACCACUGUACUUCAAGGCUCGUCCAGUGCCUUAUGCCCUGAAGGAGAAGAUUGAGAAAGAAUUGGAUAAGUUACAAGCAGAAGGUACCAUUGAACCUAUAGAGUUUUCGGAGUGGGCUGCUCCCAUUGUUCCGAUCGUCAAGACUGACACGAAAAUUAGGAUCUGUGGGGAUUACAAAGUGACUGUCAACAAGGUUUCAAAAUUGGAUAAUUACCCCAUACCCAAGACUGAUGAUUUGUAUGCAACACUUGGAGGUGGCGAAGAAUUCACAAAAUUGGAUUUAAGUCAAGCGUACCAACAGAUUAAGUUAGAAGAAAAUUCCAAGAAGUAUGUGACAAUCAACACACACAAGGGACUGUAUAGAUACAACAAGCUACCAUAUGGAGUAUCUUCAGCACAAGGAAUAUUCAAGAGAAGUAUGGAAAAUCUAUUACGAGGACUUCCCAGAGUGUUAGUGAGAGUUGAUGACAUUCUAAUCACGGGACGUAAUAGGAAGGAACAUUUGGCUACACUAGACAAGGUGUUACAGAGACUGGCCGAGGCAGGAUUGAAACUUAAACGCAAAAAGUGUAUCUUUCUUGCGCAAGAAGUGGUAUAUUUAGGAUACAGAAUUGACAAAGAAGGAAUACAUCCAGUACCAGAAAAGGUUAUGACCAUUAAAGAAGCUCCAGAGCCUACUUCAGUGACUGAACUCAAAAGCUACCUAGGAAUGCUUAACUACUAUGGAAGGUUUAUGAGUAAUCUCUCAACCAUAUUAGCACCGCUGCAUCAAUUAUUACAGACAAAAUCAACAUGGUCAUGGGGACCUGAACAGCAGAAAUCCUUCAAUAAAUCCAAGGAAUUGUUGUGUUCGGCCGACGUUCUCAACAAUAUUAGCACCGCUGCAUCAAUUAUUACAGAAGAAAUCAACAUGGUCAUGGGGACCUGA